CCCACACGGCGACGCGUCCACCUCUCCGCUGUAACCAGAACCUCGGAAUGCUCGCGCGCUCGGUUCCACGGGCGCAACAACGCGGGUCGUACCAACAAGAAAAAGGAGGGGUGGCUAAAACGAGAGCAGCGUGCUUUUCUCUCCUGUCUCGUCACCAUUUAGUCUGAUCCUAACCGGGGUUGCUGCUUUUGUGCGUAAAAUAAACAGGCGUUCAUUCAUCCUGACAAAAAUAACCCAUUUUCGCUUUUACGCCGCGAUCAUUUCACAAUAGAGAACUUUUACCACCCCUAAAAACUCAUUUGGUCCAUCUUCGCCGUUUGAUUGACCGCUCCAUAUUUUUUUAUUGUGCAGAAUUUUUUCCUCCUGCUGGAGAAAGCAGAGAAAACAUUGGAAACUGAGGGGAAGGACGCACAGCGGAUAAUAAAGAAGGUGGAAGAAGAGUGAAAACGCCAGGAGAUUAGCGGGAAGAAACAGGAAAGGACAGGUUGGAGAGAGAACCUCAAACUGCGCAAGUGGAGCCAAGACUUGACAUUUUUUUUUUAAGAAGUCCCUGUUUUGUCUGAAGAUUUUCUUUCUUUUGUUGACUUAACGGGACGUGACAGGCGGCGCCAUGACAACCGAAAUGCAGGAGAUCGCCAUCACAGAGGACAAGCCUUUACUCACGGGUCAGGCUGAUACCGCCAAGGAAGCUGAACUGGCUGCCAGGAUACUUCUGGACCAAGGACAGGAGCACAGUAUUGAGACCCCGCAUGGCGUUUUGCAUGUGACCCUCCACGGCACAGGAAACACCCGCCGGCCUGCCAUCCUCACCUUCCAUGACGUGGGCCUGGACAAUAAGAGCUGCUUCUCCCCUCUGUUUAAAUUCGAGGAAAUGCAGGAGAUUGUCAAGAACUUCACCCUGGUUCAUAUUGAUGCCCCGGGACAAGAGGACGCGGCUGCUGCCUACCCCACUGGAUACCAGUAUCCGUCCAUGGAGACCAUUGCAGAGAUGAUCCCUGCCGUCCUGCAGUUUUUCAAUUUCCGUACUGUAAUUGGAGUAGGUGUAGGAGCAGGGGCGUACAUCCUCUCCAAGUUCACACUGGCAAAUCAGGAUUCGGUGGAGGGUCUGGUUCUGAUCAACAUCGACACCAACGCCCGAGGAUGGAUGGAUUGGGCCGCUCAGAAGCUUAGCUCGGUGACGUCCUCCCUCACAGAGCAGAUCUUGUCCCAUCUUUUCAGUCAGGAGGAGAUGUCAUCAAACACAGAUCUAGUUCAGUCUCACAGAGAGCGCAUCUCCAAAGCCUCUAAUCUGACCAACAUAGAGCUCUUCUGGAAGAGUUAUAACAGCCGCAGAGACUUGAACAUUGACCGCAACUGCACCUUCAAAUGUCCAGUAAUGUUAGUGGUGGGAGAUCAAGCUCCAUAUGAGGAGGCUGCGGUGGAGUGCAACAGCAAACUGGACCCAACAACAACCUCAUUCCUGAAGAUGGCCGACGCUGGUGGUCUCCCUCAGCUGACUCAGCCUGCUAAACUGACCGAGGCUUUCAAGUAUUUCAUCCAGGGCAUGGGUUACAUGGCUUCGUCUUGCAUGACCCGCCUGUCCCGCUCCCGCACCACCUCCCUGUCCUCCUCCUACUCCAUGGAUGGAUCCCGCUCUCGUUCCCGCACCCUGUCCCAGGGCUCGCAGGGUGGCCAGAUGCCUCCCAGCCCCUCCCAAACCAUGGAGGUGUCAUGCUGAAGAGAGAGCGAGAUAGAGAGAGAGUGAGAGUGAGAGAGCGAGAGAGAGAGAGAGGGGGGGAGGGCAGAAGGAAGGAAGGGAAAAAAAAUGGAGUGUGAAUGCAGGAAACAAGACAAGUGGAUUACUUAUUUGUCACUCAGCAAUUCCCAUCAUUCCCCACAAAACGCAGAGCAGAACACACGACGUGAGCGAGCGAGGAGGAAGACGUAGACCACACGCAGACAGAGCAACCUGUCUCUCACACUUUGCACCACAUCAAGUCCUAUCCAUGUCCACACUUCCCUGUUCAGGCGAAAGAAACAGCGGAUGUGGCUAACGCGAUAUUAAACACGAGAAACACGGCUGUAGAUGGGGAGACAAUACAGGAGAGGUGGGGGAGGGGAUGGACAAAGGGUGGCAGCCAUUCCUCUCUCCCUCCCUCCCUCUAUUGGAGCCUCUGUCAGCCAAUAGAGCCCUUUAAUUUAGAAAAAGGGGUGUGGCCUGUAGAGAGACUACACCCCUUGAAUUAACCAAUAGUAAUAAUAUUGACAAGGGUGUUGUUGUUGUUGAUGACGUUGAUGAAACUGAAGCUCAUGAUGAUGAUGACAGUAAUAUAAUAGAAAACAAUAACAUUUUUUUUCUCUUUAUUACGCAAUGAGUUUGAAAUGACAUAGAUUAAAAAAAAAAAAAAAAACAACUAUAGCAGAGAUACUUAUAACGAUGUGUGUCUACUACUUUUAAGCUAGUUUUUUUUGUUUUGUUUUGUUUUGUUUGUUACUUUAUUGAAUUUUAUUUUCGUAUUUGUAACCUGCGUCCGCAAGGGGCUGAGGCUACUGAUUGGUUAAUCCCCUGACACGGUCACAGCCAAUAAGAGCCCGUCUUAGUGACUACUUCCUCCUUGAUGUUGCCAGGUUGUUUAUGUCUUCCAUUAGCCCCGUCUAGGUGACUGUUUCGUUUUCCCAUUGAAAUUGAUUUGGGUGUGUAGCAUGUUGUUGUUUUUUUUCCUUCUUUUUUUUUUUUUAAUUUUUAUUUUUUGACAGUGUGGAAAUUGCAUGCCUGGUAUCAGCCCAUGUGAAUAUGAUGAUUUUUUUUUUCUUUUAUAUUCUGCUAAUGAGUUGAGUUUAUGACUGUGUGUUUGCAUUCGUGUGAGAGUGAACGUGAUGAUCUCGAUUCAAGGGUAAACAUGGGCGAGACUGAGUCCUAGACUGAUAGCUGAGUGCAUCUGAGCUAGUCAACACCUUAGCCAAAAACAAAAAACAAAAAAACACUUAGUCGAACACUAAACAGUGCUUCCGGUGUUGCUGGCAGUCUGACACUGUGCGAGUCCUAACAUCCACGCUUCAUACUACUCACAAGGGAGCAUUACAUCAGAUUUCACUAAGUAGCAUGCUAGGACGCAUAUCGCAACACAGUUCUUGGCCUGGCCAAAAGGGAUCACUGUGUUUCAUCAUCUGGGUUGUAAUCUGUAAGCCUUUGCCCCGGCGUGAAUACCUCCUAACAAACCCAGCUGGAAUACUUGAGUUUAUCUAUGACGUGAGGUCAAAGGAACACUCGCGCCUUUCCGGUCAACAGGUGGUUUUUAUUCGUGGGAUGGGGUCAAGAGGAUUGUGUUGCGCGUGCUUGUUGUUGUUGUGUGAGUGGAUAUCAGUUCGUAUGUGGACUUGGAGACUAUUAUAACCCUUAAGCAGUGUUGUGCAAGUUCACACUUUGCAAGAGCGAGCUCAAAGAUCGGCUCACACACCGAAUCGUUCACAAUUUUUAAUUUUGUACUACAUUAAUUGUCCCAAAAAUGCACUACUUAAAAGUUAAUUUUUUUUUUUGUAUGAACUUGGAUUAGCCAUGCUGCCAUGUUUUACGACCUCUGGUGCCAUAAAACUGCACGUGCACCUUCACGUUCAUUAGUUGCAAAUGGUUACGUUCAGCUCACCAUUCACCAAAAACACGAGCACCUUCAGUGGAUGCGCUCUUGUGUUGUGUUCAUGCACGACACUGCCCGUAAGCACAAGUUAAUGCGGCGGCGAGGGAGAGAGGCCAGCCCAGGGUCCAUCGUUAAAGCUGCAAUAGUCAAAAUUGACGAUUUAAAUGAGGACUGUUUAGAUUCAGCUCGCAAAAAAAUGCAGAACAAGCAUGAAAUAUGGCGGUUGAGUCUGAGGGAUUCUCAUCGCUAGACCGACUCACUGGUAAAUGAAGUGCUUGUUCCAUGAUUUUAGUCUAAAAUGCAUUCAUUUUUGCAAGUUCAGUUAUUCCAGCUUUAGAUACACCUUCUGGAACAAUGAAAAGGACUCGACUAAUGUUCACCUCUCUGACCAAUAAACCCCCCCGUGACCUUGUUAUUGACUGACAAUGAACCAGCCCAUUCACUGCCACCGCGCUCAGAAAGAAAAAGGGAUAAAAUUGUUGCCACUGGUAAGAUAUUAUACCUUUUUUUGUGAGAGUUAAAAGGGAUCACUCAAUAUUUGGAUCUGCAGCCUAUAAGCAUUCUUACUGCCAAAACCAAGAGCCCCAAAUAUUCAUACUGCACACACGAAAAAAAUAGGGGCUUUAAUCAAAUUCUUGCUUUUUUGCCACUGGAAAUGCCGCGAGCUAACAGUCUUGGCUUUGCAACACCGUGGCAAGCAUGAAUAGCAUUUAAGCAAGGCCGAAUGCCUGCUAAAACGUUAACGUGACUAAAACUGCAGCAGCCAGUCAGCACAAAGCUUAACACUGCCCUGUAUGACGCAUAGCCAAUGGACUAACCACACUUUUAAGGACCCAAUUAAAGUAUCCUCGGAGCGCAUGUGUAUGUCUAGGAGUGUGUCACGUGUGUGUGUGUGUGUGUGUGUGUGUGUGUGUGCGUGUGUUUGUGUACACGCAUUUUUGUCUUGAUGCAUCAGGUUGCAUCUAAUCAUUGCGAUGGAUUUUUUUUUUUUUUAAGUAUUACAUUAUAAUUUUUAUGAGUACUUUCGAGGUUGCCUGUUUCUUUCCCAUGCUGUCUAGUGCUCUUUUCCCUAAUAACCCGUUUCUUGUAGGAGAGAUGGUGCGAUGAUUUUGAUGAUAGUGCAAGGAAAGUCAGCAGAGAGCCUCAGACGGGAGCUUUGAAUAGAAUGGUCCUUGACGGUGAUGAUGAUGAUGAUGAUGAUGGUGAUGAUGAUGAACUGAAUUCCCCUGGCCCAUCAAAUAGCGCAACAAAUCUUGAUGGUUGGAUGCUUUUCUUUGCGGGACAAAAAAACAAACAAAAAAAAAAAGUCCAAAAAUAAAUAAAUAAAUAAAAAAAUCCACCAAAUUUUAUGAAACUGGGUCACUGUUGGUUCAACAGAGGGCUGAAGAGUGGAAUGUAAAAGUGUGAAGGUGUAUGUCUCAGUCUUGUUUUGAGACUCAAACAAUCAGGUGAGGGAAUCUCUACCACAUAAGGGAUGAAGGGUGGAGCCUAGAAAAAGUUGCCAAAAAAGGAAAAGGAGUGGUACUUCUUUGUUAAGAAUGGAACAGGGCUGUGUGAAUGUAAAUGCUUGUUCAUUUUGUCUUUUGUUUGUCUCCACUUUAUUUUUUCCUUCAGUCAUACUCUAUUUUUUUCCUGUCCAAUUUUUGCUUUUUUUUUUUUUUUUUGGUUUGUUUUAUCUCUGUGAAGUGUUAGUUUACCGUCCCAAUGUGCUGCCGAGUUAGUCAACCGUGUGAUAGUUCUUGUGUAACUUUUUUAGCAUUAGCUCUGAUAAGGGAGAAUAAUAUAAUUAACAAUAAUAAUAAUAAUAAUAAUAAAAAAGUUAAAGAGAAUACAAUCAAAUUUACUUGUGUGGCUAAUUUCUCUGUGUAACACAAUGAACAUCCUAAAAAAAUGCAAACUUAAGUAUUAAUAAAAGCUUAAGAUAAA